AUGGAUCUCACGGGGAAAGGCAAGAAGACCGGCAAGGCCCGCAUCCCGGACCACUUACGAAGGAGAGCGCUGGUGAGCUGCGAUCGCUGUAAGAAGAGGAGGAUACGAUGCUCUCGCUCCAGCGGCACCGAUGCCCACGAGGCGUGCCAGAGCUGCCUGGAGGCUGGCGUCAACUGCGAGUCCACCUUGCCUCGAAAGACCCGAAUCUAUGGAAGUGUGGAGACACUCAGCGUCCGGUAUCGAGUUCUCGAUGCUUUGAUCAAGGGAUUGUAUCCUCACAAAGAUACUAAUGAUCUCCAAACUCUCUACGCAAUCGCCGAAGAACAUGACAUUGCCCUGCCCACCUUCGAUGAGCAGACUGUUGCCGAAGAGGUCUUCAGUCAACCGCCUAAACCAACUGUAACGUCUCCUCAGCACUCGCAAGGAAGUGGGGGAAGCCCUUCAAUGACAUCAAAAGAACCGGAAGGCUCUCCUGGAAGCUCAUCAUCGAGGAAGCAGAGCGUGGUGGAAGAGAAGCUCGUCCCCAUGCCGCAAGGACCAUCCCAUUACAUUGGCCCAUCAAGCUCUUUUGGCUUUGUUCUUACUGUCAGGAACAUGGUUGCUGAAUUCAACGCAGCUUUGAAAUCUGUCCAACCUGACGAUGAACGGUCCAAGAUCUCAGCCGACUUCGCUGGUUCAAACUGGAGCAAAGCGCUUGAGCCCAUCGUCAAAGAAGAAAGCGAGGAUUCUUCUGAAGACAACAUCGACAUGAGAAUGAGCGAUCCGAUGCGUCCAGUAAGAGCCCCAAGACCUCGAGCACCAUCUCUCUUUCCCGGCUCAAAAAUCACCGUCCUCUCCCUCCUGCCAAACAAAGAAGUAACCGACACCUUCAUCUCCGCCUACUUCGAGCAUGUCCACGCCAACUACCCCCUCUUCCAUCGGCCGACCUUCCAGUCACGUUAUGAAACCAUGUGGCUGCAGCCGCACAUCCUGAUGCGCGACGUCGAGCCCGGCUGGAUCUGCACCAUCUUUAUGCUGCUUGUAUUCGGUGCCCAAGCCUUGGAGGACAGAGACACGAGACAAUCUGCGCAGAUACAGCGGCACUACCUUGACCUCGUGCAAGCCCGGAUGCACCAGCUAAUCAGCGCAACAACCCUCAUCAACGUGCAAGCUCUUUUGCUUCUCCAACUCUAUCAACACAACUGCACCGAGCGCAACAGCGCGUUCAUGUUAUUAGGCUGCGCAUCCAGAAUGGCUAUGGCCUUAGGAAUGCACCGCGAAGGCACAUCCGGGGGCUUCGACUCCAUGGAGCGCGAAGUCCGCAAGAGAGUCUGGUGGACGGCGUACACCUUCGAACAACUACAAUGCGCCAUCCUCGGCCGGCCUUGCGCAAUCGACGACAUGGAAGUCAACGUUACCUUCCCGGAUGAAAUAAUGCUCGACGGCGGGAUGUCCGUCCCAACAUCCUAUAUCGAGUAUUCCGUCCGGCUGUCAAAACUGCUCUCGUCUGUGCGACGCAAAAUCUACGCUUCACCCACCUCCACGACGCAGCAAGGCGAAUAUCCUAAAGUCGGUGUCGCCAUCCAGUUUCUUCUCGACCUCGACUCUUGGCAUAAUAGCCUCCCUCCUCCAUUACGUCUCGAAUUUCCCUCCUCAUCUCCACAACACAGGAGAGCAGUAAUUCUCCUCCAUAUCCAAUACCACCACAUCCAAUCGCUCGUCACGCGUCCCUUCAUCCUGCGCAAAGUCGGCGUCCAGUUAGCCCGCAAACUAGGCCGCCACGUGCGCUCACAAGACCUCGAAACCGAAGAAUUGAACCUCUCACACAGUUGCGGAACCUACUCCCGCAAAUCAGCAGUGCUCCUGCACCAACUUCUCGUAAACGACAUGUUCGACGGCGUCCAAUGGGUAGACGCCUACUACAUCUACCACUCAGUCUUCAUCCUCGCAUUCGACUUCCUCGCCCGCCCGUGGGACGAAUUAGACACGCCUGAAGACUGUGCUAGGAAACAAGCAGUGCGCGACCUGAUGUCCGCACUACAACCCAUCAAGCUCUGCCCCACCUUCACAAUCCUCACCCAAGUUGCGCUCCAACUCGCGAAAAUCGUCGGAAUCUUCGACGUCCCGAACUCGGCUUCGCAGGGCCAA